AUGCACUUGACGCUUUCUCACUUGCCCAGCAAGCAGGACAUCAAGCUCGUAUAUCCCAGAACGCCCUCAUCCAUUGAUCCCAACAACCCGCCAUGGCCGGCCUUUCGUGGUUACCAUACUUAUUCCUUCGCGUACGCGACAAUGGGUCACCGCCUACCAACGAUCCUCGGCAAGGCUAUCGACGACGUUGUUGAGACCCUCAACCAAGAGUCGGAGGAAGACCGCGUUGUCGACCUUGUAGACUGCAUCAAGCGCAUGGAUGAACUGAAGGAGGAUUUGCAGGCCCACGCCAAGCUUCGCCCAAUCAUUGACGACGGUGAGGCGGACGUCGCACUGUGGAAUAAGGAAAUUGCAAAGUAUUUUCAAGGUAAAGACUUUAUGAACGCCCCAUGGCUGUUUGCAGAGGCGUACAAGUACCGUCGUCUGCGGGAAUGCUUCAGCGUGAGCAAACUUUGGCAACAAUAUGACGUGUUCUUCAGGCAAAAGUGUGAUACAUUCUCCCGAUCUGGAGAUGCCGUAUUCGAGCUCUCGACUCGUUUCGUGGAGCCUUUUAAGCACAAAGAGGGCUUGUCUGCCCAGGAAAAACUCGAUGCCGAACGUUUGAUGUUUUUAGAGCUCACGCAGAUUUGCCUGUGGGGCAAUUCAACGGACUUAUCGCUCCUCAUCAACAUGACCGAGGAGCAGAUCAAGUCGCUGCAAUCAACCGGUGGCGAGAAUCUUGCCGCGACCGAAAAGAACAUCCUAGGAAAUGAUAUGGCGCGUCUUUGGGAGGUAGUGCGCGAUUUGAAGGACACGGGUGGACGAAUCGACUUCGUGUUGGAUAAUGCCGGUUUCGAGUUGUACUGCGAUUGCGUGUACGCCGACUUCCUGAUCCAGAGCGGCCUGGCGAAGGAAGUCCGCUUCCACGGAAAGCGUUACCCUUGGUUCGUCUCGGACGUUACCAAGAAGGACUGGAACUGGCUGCUCAACAUGAUGGUGUACGGACACCUCUUCCCGAAGGUGACCGAUGAGGAAGUGGAGAGCUUGCGUCAGCUCGGGCUGCGCUGGAAGCAAUAUGAGAAGGAGGGCAAGUGGGUAUAUGAACAGCACCCAUUUUGGUGCACUGGGUAUACAUACUGGGACCUGCACAAUGAGGCACCGGAUUUGUUUUUGCAUCUCAGCCGCUCGGACUUAGUCAUCUUCAAGGGCGACCUGAACCACCGUAAGCUGACGUAUGACUGCGCUGCGCCGCCGUCGACCGACUUUGAGAUAGCCAUCGGACCCAUGGCGUCUGCUGCGGGCGCUCCGCGCAUUUGCAGUCUGCGUACGAUCAAGAGUGAUGUUGUUGUUGGUCUUGGUCCGAAUGGUGAUGAGCUUGCCGACAAGCUCGACAAGGAGGAGCCUGGGUGGAAGAUCAGCGGCAAAUACGCGGUCGUCCUGCUCUCCGAGGGCCGUCCUGGCGAGAAAGUUCGCUUCGCAUGA